AGUAUUCGUGUUUUAUUUGUGUAUUAACUUUGUUAUUUACGGUGUCUUCUCGCCACAUUUAUUGUAAAAACGUGAGUUUAAACAACACCGAACUAUAUGCAUACUUAAAGGAACUAGAUAACUUAUCAUUGUUUGCAUUAAUGCAUACAACAUAUUGUUUACUGCUUUCUCUCUGUUACAAAAUGGAGUGUUGUAGUUGACACAAACUUAAGUGAUCAUGUCAAGUAAACAAUCUCGGAAACCCAACAUCGUUGUUGCACUUAGAAACCGAUCAAGUGGUUGUACCCAAAGAAAAUUCACGCAGGGGCCUUUAAAGGCGUUUGCCGAAAAAUGUGCUGCAACACUUAGUUCAAAGAAUCGCAAGGUUGAACUUCCAGCUCGAACUCGAACAACGUUCAUGACUGCAUUCAGUCCUGACAACAGGCUUAUAGCAAGUUGCCAUGGUGAUCAUAAUAUUUAUAUAAGUAAUAUUUCUACUGGGAAAGUGGAAAAUUCUCUUGUUGGGCAUUCUCGUUCACCUUGGUGUCUAUCGUUCCAUCCAAGUUCCAAUGAUAUUAUCGCCACUGGUUGUUUAAAUGGGGAGGUUCGUGUGUGGGAUUUACGGGGAGGAGGAAGUGAAUCUUGGAUGGUGUCGGAAAACGAAGCAAUGGUCACUAUUGCUUCACUCUCAUUUCAUCCCACCGAUCACGUACUUCUUAUAGCAGCAGGGAACGAAAUCCACUUUUGGGACUGGAGUCUCCCACAACCAUUUGCUUCUGUUAAAACUGGAUCUGCAGCUGAAAGAGUGAGAUUGGUGAGGUUUGAUAUGUGGGGUACCAAUAUAUUAACGGGAGUUGUUAAUUUUGAAGAAGAACAAAACUCUGGAACAGACGAAGAAGAAAAUGAGAGCGUGGAAAAUCCUGUUUCAUCUUGGAAUCAACCCUCUUCAAUUGGAGAUUCAUUAACAAGGAGAAGACAGUUGCUUAGAAGUUGGAUGAGAGGAAGACCAAGGACUCCAGUUUCGGUGGAAAAUGAUGAAACCGUUGAACCAAGAGAAAUACCUCUUCCAUCAAAUCCCGUUCGUCGUGCUCCAAUACCUCUCUAUAUUCGCAGAAGACAAGCAGGCGGUCGUAGCAACUCUCCUUCAGUUUAUAAUUUAAGAAGCAGAGAUCGGAGAUCAGUUGCUACUGAUUUUCCAGAUACAGAACAACUUGAAACAUCUCGUCCAGAAACUAACACCUCUGAGGAAACAGAACCUCAAGAGCGAUUCCUUUCGUUAAGAUUGCACAGUUUAAAUCGUUUGUUUGAAUUGAGACAGAGAAUGAGUGACUUGUCCAAUUCUCGGGCUGUUGAUCAUCAGAGGAUUCUGCACGCCCGUGUAAGUGUUAAUGCUGAAAUCCAGCAUCAGUAUAAUCGACUUAGAUUGUUGCGUCAAGAGCGUCGACGACUCGAACUUCGACUUCAGCAACUCCAAGGUCGAAGUAGUCAGUCUAAUUCAUCACCAGUCCAACCCACUGUUGUCCCAUCUGAAGCACCUUUGCUAAACAACCCAGCUGCAGAUAUAGUUCCUAUAUUUUCCGAAUUACAUCCACACACAGAUCCUGAACAUAACGAUCUUUCAACUGAGUCAGUAACAGAAAACAUAUCAACUGAAUUUAAUUCACAUUCGCGGCCUCGAAACUUGUUAACACCAUCGAGAACAAACGUAGCCGAAGAGUCAAUCCCAGGCAAUCUGGUUGUCCCGAUAAACCCGGAGAUUCCAGUUUAUCUUUCCCCAAUGGAAGAAACUCCUGCAACCAACCCGAGUCCCUCACCAUCACGAAAUAGGACAAUACCUUCAUACUUUCCUACCUUGAGUAACUCCACAUCAAGUACAUACCGGUCUUCUGGCAGUUCGAGGCGAACAACCCAACCUCCAUUUUACUUUGUACCAGGCACACAGGGUCCUGAUUUGGAACUUUCUCAAGAUUUUACGUUCAGUAGAACUCCUAAUCAAAGAUUACGUCUUCGUCAAUCACGAGCUAUAUGGCGAAGACAUAGAAGAAGAUUCCAUGCAAGCAACAUCAACCAGAUCCUCUCCCUUCAUCCACAAGGUCAUGUAGAUCGUUUCUCGUACCGUUUGCAGUGGUGGGAUUUUUCCAAGCUUGCUUUACCUGAAAUUGGAAGGUCAGAUACCAAUGUCAUCGUGCCACAUUGUAAAAUCUACAAUGAUUCGAGUGUCGAUAUUUCCAAGGAUGGAACAAAGCUAGCAACGUUCAUUCCAACAGAAGUUGGAUUCCCUGAAUCUAUGCAGGUUGCUGUGUAUUCAUUGCUCCCAGAUACUUUAGGAGAAGUCUUGUUUAGGAAACCAUUUGGUCCACAUGCUGUAUGUUUAAGUUUGUCACCUCUGGGAGACUACUUGGCUGUUGGUGUUAAAAAUCGACCUUAUUUGCCGGAAGCCCUAUCCACAAGCAGAAGUCCUAUGGCUCAAAUUCUGAAGCUUAAUAAGAACGGCGAAAACAAUUAUUCACCAGUUGUUAAUCAAAUCAUGCAUCCAAUAAAUCCAGACACACCACAUCGAUUUGUUAGCAUCAACACAGUGGCAUGGCUGCCUAACAUAGGAGACGGUUUAUUGUAUGGAACUAACAAUGGAGAGUUGCGUAUUUGUCAACCUGCUUCUUAGGACUCCAUGUUUAUUCUCCAAUAUUUGUGAAAACGAAUGCCGAAACUAUUUUUGACAGUAUGUUGAUAUAUUGCUGAUUGUCGUGUCUUGGUUUACAAUUAAUAGCUGCUUUUGCAAUGACCGUUCCAUUUAGUAACCACACUUUUAACAUGAACUGUAUGCGAUAAUAUGCAUAACUUGGUGAGAACAAACGAACAAUGCAGAUUAUUUUGUUAUUGUGUAGGAACACCUGUGCAAUUUUAAGCAUUUUAGGUUUUCAGUUAUGGUGUUUUACCUUUCUAUCACUAUAUACUAAAUACACUUAAGCAAAGCCAACUUUAA